AUUUUCUAUGACGUAACCGGAAGUUCAAUAGCCACCAUAUUGGAUUGUUGACAGAAUCUUUGGAAACCAAUUUCGGCAUUUGGCGUAAACCAGCCAUCUUUCGGAUUCAAAGCAAAAACAUUCUUUGUUUUGAUUCUCAAAAAAAUGCCUUCAAAACCAGAAGACAUAAUGAAAGGAUUUAAAUUGUAUCCUUUGAAACACCCUAAUAAUCAGGUGUUAUUGCUUCAGAAAAUUAAUGAAUACAACUUCAAUUAUAAAAUGACAAAAUAAUAAUAAAAUAGGCUAGAUUAAUAGUACUAUAUUGACUAUUCACAUUCAAUUAUUUGGCUUGGACUUGGUGUGGAUACGUUAUAAUUAUAAUUCAUUCACCGGACAAACCCUUUUUUUUUUCUCUCCCUUUUUUAUAUGCCUAGAGCCCAGGGCUAUUUACUUCAUUUAUAUUUCAUAUUUUCUUUAUGAAUGCGGAGUGUAGUCUGCACUGAUUCUGCUCUCUCAGAACUUGAUUAGAUGAGUUUGAAGCCUCUGACUCUGAUUAUCAUUAUUGUCAUUAAUAUUCAUUAGUUUAAAUUAAAGAAUAGUUUUAUAGCAUGUAAGCAUUGAACGCUACAGUGAGUUAAAUUAUUUAAGUUGGCCUACAUUCUACAUGUUACUAGUUACUGUUUGAUGAGUUUGUUGAUGACUGUGAUUGCUGUGAGGCGUGAGGCAAUUUGGUCAAUUUUUGUUUAGUAGUAGUAUGAGCUAAGUUGAUAUUUUUUUGUUAAAUUUACACUAUCCGCCCCAUGAUGUUUCCCAUGGCUGCCACCUUGGUUGCCAUGACCUGUGACGUGUCAUGGCAACCAAGUGGUGGCCCUGCAAAUAACACAUCUGCUAAAAUGGGGUGGGAAAAGGGAGAGAAUGUGCUGGUUUAGCUGUUUACCAAGAGAAACGAAAAUAGGACAAAAUGUUAAUAUUUAUUGAAAAAAUUUCAGUACAUAAAUUAUUUUUUGAUGAACGUAGCUUCUUUAUUGUAUCCAUAUAGAUAUUUGGCAAGAAGUCUUAAUGACCUGUGGUUGCCCCUUUCCCUGAUGAAAUUAUUAUUGUUAUAAGUGGCUUUAUAUAGCGUGGUAUCCCGGCCUAGGGCUGGGCUCACCACGCUGUACAUACAAUUUAACAAACAUAAUAAAAAAACUUUAAAAAAUAAAUUGACAUACAUUAAUUAAAUAAAACAAAACAAAUGUAUGUUUAAAACUAUUUACAUGUCAAGCCAUGGAUGACACCCAGUAGCAUCGUUAUUCGGUCAGAGGUGGGAAUCAGUCAGAAUAAUAGAGUUUAAAAAGAUGUGUUUGAGUGAAGUUUUGAAGGCUGUGAUGGUUGUAUAUUGUGGAUGUGUGAUGGAAGAUAAUUCCAUUGUUUACGGACAAGGAAAGAGAACGAUCAUUCACCGUAUGCUUUUGUGCGAGUCUUGGGGACAGAAAAAAUAUACUAGGCGCGAAGCUGUGAAUAGACAGAGAGAAGUUCGAUUAGAUAGGAAUGGGAGGAAUUCAAGAAAAAGUUGUGGCAGAGAACAGUACAUUUCAGCUGGUACAUGCUCGUUUUCCUGAACAAAAACUAAAGCUAAGAUAUGUGUGUGGCUACAGUUACACACUGUGGUUAGAAAACUGUAAAAAUGAAGAAAAGCAAUACAAAAUCAUUUUUAAAUAAUGAAAACCCAACUUACAGUUAUUUAGAAAACACUUUUACACACUUUAUUUUAGUUCCACCAAUCAGAAAAUCUAAAAGUUGUCAGAAAAUCAAUGGAAUACAAUAAUUAAACCCAUUUUAUUAAAUGCUGGAAAAUUGUAAUAUUAUAAUUAACCGACUGAGGAAAUUUUAAUUUAAAACAUUGCAUCACUGUAAUAAGAAAAAGUCAACUAUGCAACAACACAAAGUUAAACAAAAGGGAGAGAAUUCUACCCUGAUACACGUCAUGGCACGAAUUGCGGAAAUUGACCCGUUUUUACAUAGAAGAAUGAUAGAACUUUUCAAAUGCUAAUGUACAAUAGUCUGCCUAUAUUUUCCUUAGCAUUAACAUUAGAAACUGGAUGAAUCUAAGAGAUGCUGAUACUGGGAAAGUUUUAUGGCAGUCUAGUGAUGACCUGUGAGUUACAAUUAAUUAGGCUAUUUAUCUUAUUUCAUAUGGGUUAAGUAAUGGGACAUCCUUAAAUAAAAUCAUGCCAUUUUAGCCGAUUUUUACCCAAUUUCAAAUCUUUCACACUCAAUUUAGACACCCUUAUCACAAAUCUUCACAAAUAUGUGCCCCCCCCCCUCUUUUUACCAAUGCAUUAUUUUCAUUUAUAGACAGCCACUAAGUUAUUAUGCAAAUAAAAUAAAUAUGCUUUUAGGUUACUGCAUUUAUUCAUUUAACUCCUCAUCGAAAGACAUCCUCCAACUUGUUUAUAUCAAAUAGUGUUAAAAAAAAUCUAUUCUUGUCUGUAAUAAAUUAAGUGAAAAUAUCUUUGUUGUGAAGAAAUGCUUUUAAAAAUAAGUGGCAGAAUUCCUCGAUCAAUUAAUAUUGCUAUUUUUCAUGGUUAAUAUAAAAGUUGAGGUGUAAUAUAAUAUUGAAAGUCUCAUGCCGUCAUAGUAAGGUUUUUUAUAUUCUUGCUUUUUCCUUUUAGAGCUUCAUUAUAACAAGUUAAUUGCCUCAUUUGCGCAGAUUGUAAGAAUCUUAUAAUGUAAUUCUGUUUUAUCUUUUACAGUUCCAUGCCAGAAAAGGAGCAUGAAGGUAAACUGCUACCAAUAUUUACCAUUAUCAUUCAUCACCAUUUUUUCAGUAAAGCUUAUUAAUUGCAGUGUACUUUGUAGAGAAAUUUAGAAACGAAUAUUAAUAAAAUAUUCAUGCGUCUACUAGAUCCCUGGCACUUAUCCCCUAUUAGAGUCACAUAGGGUUUUCUGUAGGGUUACAAGCUGAAACAAUAAGCAAAUAUUUAAUGCAUGAUAAGGUUGACUCACCAGAUGUAAUGUAAAUUCUGUUAUCUUCAAUUUUCCCAGCUAUUUCCUCCAUACGCUUUUUGCACUGAAUUUUUACUGAAAAAAAUCAUCUUAUUUUUUAUUGCUUGGUGGCGUAUGGAAAACAGUUUUGAAAACUUCACUAACUGCUGGUAGGAUGAGUUCUUCACUGAUUGUACGGGGCUUUAAAGAUUUGACUAUCAAUCAUGAAAUCCAUAUGAGGCAUGCUAAUCAUCUGUGCUUUUUUUAAGACAUAUUGAUAUUGCAAAACAUAGUCAAACGUGUGGUUCUCUUUUGAAGUAUGUCACAAAGUGAUUAAAAAUAUAUUAAGUUCUUUUUUUGCCUUGUUAGGAUGUGUCUUCUUCAAAUGUUAUUUCAGCCUGGAAGACAUCAUUGCCUCAUUAUAAAAUACUUUUUCACAUUUAGUCACAUGGGCAUCUGCUUGUUUGUUGGUGCUUGUAUAAAUCAAUGCCUAUAAGAUUUUCCAAACUGAAUUAUCCACCUUUUUUCUAUGUUUCUGUUGUUUUUUUUCUGAAAUUUAAUAUUAAUAUUCCAUCCCUGUGGCCUGCCUCACUACUUCCCACUCAGACCUAACUGAUGCUUUUUUUCCAUGCUUGGAUUCCCAGCCGCUGUAGAUCUUUUUCCACAUCAUCCCUCAUCUAACCCUAGGUCUGCCUUUGAGCUGUUUUCCUCUGGGGUUUUGGUGGUUCCCCCUUUUCACUCCUCUGUCAUUUGGCCUUCUCUCUAAGUGUCCUUCCCAGCAUAGCCUACCCUUUUUUUAUUUCUGCUACUAUCGUGGGAUCCUGAUAUAGAUUGUUCAAUUCCUUGUUGGUUCAUAUUCUCCAUCAAUAUUCAUCCUUUGUUGGUCCGUAUAUUUUCCAGAGAACUUUUCUCUCCCAUGUGUUAAAAAAUUUUUCUGCUGUUAUUGUUAUUAAUACAGACCUGUUUACCCUAACACCCUUAAAAUCGUAAAAUAUCAUCACAAAAUCACUUAAUACGUUAUCUUAAUAGUAAAAAAAUAAACAUACAGUAUAUAUAAUGUAUACACCACAAAAUCGUACACUUUACGCCAAAAUCGUAAGAGUAAAUAGGUCUGUUACUAUAAAAGCUAAAUUCAAAUUAAACAUUUUCUUAAUAAUUGUUUAGGCCUAUGCAUCCAUAACAUCAUGAAAGCUUAAGAUUAUAUCAAUAAACAAAAGGUUUGAAUAGGGAUGAUGUGACAUCAGAGAUACUAUGCCCUCCCCACAUUAUAACUACUCACUCAACAGACACUAUGAAAUGAUAUCACAUGGUUACAAUAUUAUCAAUUUCAAAGCAAAGUUAAUUAUAAUGUGGGUAGACUAGGUCAGUAGAACCAUAGACAUAGGAAGAAAUUUUAGUUAAAAUAAUUGUCUUAAAAUAUACAGAUUUUAUGUAAGUUUUUCUUUUUCCUUAAAAAAAAUUUCGCAGCCUUAGAUUUUCUGACAUGAAGAACAAAUGAAUUUUUUUUUAGAUGAAUCAGUUCUCCUUAAAAUUCUAAUUAAAAUAUAAUCUCACUGUGCCCUCUCAGUAUCUGAUCCCUUGUAUUACCAUUGUUUAUUGGACAUCUGAAUCAAGCAUCAUUACAAGGAUUUUCAUGAACACUAAAACAUAAUAGAAAUAAUACAAGUUAGAUUCCACUAUUUGAUUUCUGUGCCCCAAGUAAUGUUUUUUAAAAUACCUCUCUGGGCAACUCUUUUUAAAUCAAUAUAUUAGGGUUGUUUGUUCAUUGCCCUUGCUAUGUAUACAAUUAUUGUUGAAAAGGUCAAAGGUCUUUUUCCAGUGUGUCAGAGUGCAUGUAUUUUUUCUGAGUGAUAUCUGUUAACAAAUUUUUUUUAAAUUUUGAAAAUCAAAUGGUGUUAUUAAUUUAUUGUUUUUUAGAAUGUUUGAUUUUUUUAAAGUUUGCAUAGCAAAAUGUACUGCGCCCCUUAAGUAAACCUACCGCGCCCCCCACUGUGGAUUAUUUUACCACCCACUUUGAGAACCACUGGUUUAAAGUUUAAUAAAGUUCGAAUUUGUUCAUAAUGAUGUAUCUAUUUUUUAUGUGUUUAAGCUUACAAACUUUUAACAAAUUUAAUGGACCGGUUGCUUCUAUAAAAUUGGGGUCAUGGGUCACUUUGCUUCUAUAAAUCGGUUUGUGAGUUUUAGAAGUUUGAGAGCAUGUGUAUUUAAUACAGAAUUCCCUCUUUAAAGAGACAUAUUUUUCUGUAAUUUUCAAGUACUAUGUUAUGUUAUUUGCCUUUUCCUCUCAAUGAUUCCAAUUGAACAUAUUUAUCUAACUCUUCUCUUCCCCCAAACCUUAUUUAAAUCUUUUUUUGUUCCUCUACUACAAUAGCAAGAGUCCCCAAAAAGAUACUUAAAUGCAGAGCAGUUUCAAGAGAAAUCAAUUUUUCAUCUAAAGAACCCAUGGACAAAUUCAGACUAGAACAGAGAGUUUUGUUUAAAGGCAAAUGUCUAGAGGGUAGGUAGCCAUGUUAUGUCUAUAGGGUAGGUAGCCAUGUUUGGAAAUGGGAUGAAAAGCUGAAUUUCUUUUUGUCUUUAUAAAAAUAUCAUCAUCUUUAACGGUGCCAACUAUUAUUUUAAAGUUCAAUUAAUACAUUGUUGGGAACGUUGUGUAACAAAGUUAUGGCUGUGAAAGUUGGGUGACAAAAUGAUGGCUGUGAAAGUUGGGUAACAAAAUGAUGGCUGUGAAAGUUGGGUGACAAAAUGAUGGCUGUGAAAGUUGGGUAACAAAAUGAUGGCUGUGAAAGUUGGGUAACAAAAUGAUGGCUGUGAAAGUUGGGUAACAAAAUGAUGGCUGUGAAAGUUGGGUAACAAAAUGAUGGCUGUGAAAGUUUGAUAACAAAAUGAUGGCUGUGAAAGUUGGGUGACAAAAUGAUGGCUGUGAAAGUUGGGUGACAAAAUGAUGGUUGUGAAAGUUGGAUAACAAAAUGAUGGCUGUGAAAGUUGGGUGACAAAAUGAUGGCUGUGAAAGUUGGAUAACAAAAUGAUGGCUGUGAAAGUUGGAUAACAAAAUGAUGGCUGUGAAAGUUGGGUGACAAAAUGAUGGCUGUGAAAGUUGGAUAACAAAAUGAUGGCUGUGAAAGUUGGAUAACAAAAUGAUGGCUGUGAAAGUUGGGUAACAAAAUGAUGGCUGUGAAAGUUGGGUAACAAAAUGAUGGCUGUGAAAGUUGGAUAACAAAAUGAUGGCUGUGAAAGUUGGGUAACAAAAUGAUGGCUGUGAAAGUUGGAUAACAAAAUGAUGGCUGUGAAAGUUGGAUAACAAAAUGAUGGCUGUGAAAGACAUUUUUUCUAGUUGAGCUGAACCUAUUUCUUCUCUCUCUGUGCCAACAUUUUGUGAGUCAUUAUUUGGCAUUUAAUUUAAAACAAUAUUUUUUUGUCCCUGUAAAUUUGACAGAGUGGUUCUUUGAGUUUGGUUUUGUUAUUCCUGGAUCGACUAAUACAUGGCAGUCAUUGAUAGAAGCCGCACCAGAAGGACAAAUGAUGCCUGCUAAUAUCUUAAAGUAGGUGUUAUAGUUUACUUUCACUCUUAACAUACUGUGUAUGGAUAUAGAACUAAUUAUAGAGGUUUGCACUGUGAUGAAAACUUAAGUAGAUCAUAGUUUUCAGGUGACGACCACGCUCAGGGAUACAAAUAAAAAUGACCAGGUGGUCAAAAGAAGAAAAGUUAGGUGUUUUUUUUUGUUUGUUUUGUUUUUGACUGAGUUUGGAUGGAGCUUGUAUGAUUGACCAUUUGUGGGGGAUGAAGACCAUUAGCAUGGCCUGGCAGUGUCAGGUGCAAUGCAGCAUUUAUGAAGAGCUUUCCCACACUGAACAAAAUGACAUGGCUUUUAACUGCACCUAUCUUUUCAUGUAUGUACGUAUCCUCUCAUGUGUACAAUUUAUAACAUAUAAAAUAUUGAUGCUGUUAUGUGAUGCCACACUCAAAGAAAUCUUGAACAGAAUACCACUGAUGGAUUUGGGAAUCUCUGGUCAGACUAAGCCAGGUUUUAGUAGAAAAGGGGGUCACAUUUCUAAUACCUUUCAUCAUGUCCUUCUCUGUCAGACUAAGCCAGGUUUUAGUAGAAAAGGGGUUACAUUUCUAAUACCUUUCAUCAUGUCCUGUAUGACCUGGGCUUAUUAAAACAGAUGUUCCAAAAAAUAAAUCUAGUAAUUGAAUGCAAGUGGAACAAGAUCUAAGAAUAGAGUUUUCAAAUUUUUCUCAUAAGCUAAAAUUUUUAGUUAACCCCUUGGGGGGGCGCAUCGAUUUUUGCUGACUUGGCAAUAAUAAUAAACAAUAUUUAAAAAAAAAAAAAAAAGAUGAAAUUUUCGGUAUAUUUCAUUCUCUAUCCGAUUCGAUUUUUAACUUCUCUAUAGAUGAACGAAUAAGGAAAUGUACAGCAUUGAAAUUUGACGUCGACGUGACGUCCUUGGUAUUUCAGAAAAGCUCUUUAACUUUUUGUUAUGACGACAAUGUGACAUCCUUGAUAUUUGAAAGUGGGUGACGGUGACGUCGCGUCGACGUCAUCGGUAGCAAAGUGGUUAACAAGAAAACUUUGACACUCAUUUGAAUAAAUUAUUUCUCAGUUUUUAAUUUCUCAACCCUUUUUGUAAGAGUUAAUUGUUGGUAAUUGUAACAGAUGAAAACUGUUAUGUGCUACAUAUAGCCAGUACCAAUGAUACAAAUUUAAGUGGGUCAUGAAGCAAAAGUAUACAAAAUAACUGGGCCAAGGGGCAAAAAAUGUUUGAGGAACACUGAAAAAGAUUGAACACAUCAAAGACUAGUGAAGGUGCGGUGCAUUGUGGGAAAUGUCAUCUUUGGAAACUGCCUCCCAUGGUUUGGGAGAUCAUCAAUCAGCUUCAGCUUAGCAACUGCCUCCCAUGGGUUGGGAGAUCAUCAGUCAGCUUCAGCUUAGCAACUGCCUCCCAUGGGUUGGGAGAUCAUCAAUCAGCUUCAGCUUAGCAACUGCCUCCCAUGGGUUGGGAGAUCAUCAAUCAGCUUCAGCUUAGCAACUGCCUCCCAUGGGUUGGGAGAUCAUCAAUCAGCUUCAGCUUAGCAACUGCCUCCCAUGGGUUGGGAGAUCAUCAAUCAGCUUCAGCUUAGCAACUGCCUCCCAUGGGUUGGGAGAUCAUCAAUCAGCUUCAGCUUAGCAAUAUGGUGUUAAUUUUGUUUGUAUCCUUAUUUUUUCUUGUUCCGACAUGUGAAUGUAAAACUUGUUCCGACAUGUGAAUGUAAAACUUGUUCCGACAUGUGAAUGUUAAACUUGUCCUUUCAUUGCAUUGUUAUUGUAAGUGAGGGAAGAUGGAGCUGGUUAUGAUUUCUUUGAUGAAUAACAACUAGUAUUACAGUUUGGAAAGUCCUUCUGAUCACAGUCUGAACUCUUAAGGCAAAGUGUUGAUGGUUUGUCUGUAUUCUUGCACCUGAUACAGAAUGUAUGUCAGAUGGUUUGUCUGUAUUCUUGUACCUGAUACAGAAUGUAUGUCAGAUGGUUUGUCUGUAUUCUUGCACCUGAUACAGAAUGUAUGUCAGAUGGUUUGUCUGCAUUCUUGUACCUGAUACAGAAUGUAUGUCAGAUGGUUUGUCUGUAUUCUUGUACCUGAUACAGAAUGCAUGUCAGAUGGUUGGUCUGUAUUCUUGUACCUGACAGAAUGCAUGUUAGAUGGUUUGUCUGUAUUCUUAUACCUGAUACAUAAUGCAUGUCAGGGUAGAUACUGCAGUUGAAUAGCUAUUGCGUUCAAUAUCAUCUAAUGUCUUCUCAUUUCAGUGGCCAUGUUGUAAUAGAAACGAGAUUUUUUGACGGAGACAUGGUUGUCAGUGUGUCCAAAGUUCGGAUUUUCUACGUCUGAUCCGCAGCGAAGCUUUCAUUCUUAUUUGAAUUCAUUUUGACCAUUUUUUUAUGACUUUGACAAGUGGAGCUGGAACAUAACAUUCUGGUAAGAAAACUUUGACCAAACGACUUGUGAUGGAACGCUGCAUGAUGGAACGCUGCACAGUGUUGACAUUUAUGAUGGAACACUUCACAGUGUUGAGACUUACAAGAGAAUGUAGUUGUAAUGUUCCGUAUUGGGUCUGAGACAUAGUUUGAGUUCAAGGUCACAGGUCAUGUGAUGGUUACAACAGCCUCAAACACUCAUCAUUUUGACCAUGCUCAAUUUAAAUAUCAUUGUAAGUCAAUAACAUGGCAUUUCUAGGGAUAAAAAUAGCAUCUGUCACAUAGUUUGUUAUUUAACUAGUGUCAUCAUUCAUUUGGUAAAUUGUUUUAUUUUUAAUUCAAGUCGCACAGGAAUAAAAUCAAUAAUUUUAGGUCAGGCUUUAAAAAAAAAAAAAAAAAAAGAAGAUUUUAUUCAAAUGUUUGACCAUAAAGAGAAUUGACUAUUUGUUUAUAAUUUAUUUUCACUGUAGACAUCAAAACCCUGGUUUUAUCCAACAGAAAGCUGUGAUUUGAGAUUAUGUUGUUCUGUGCUGGGUUGCCCUUAUUUUACCUUACAGAGUACCUAGAUGAAUAUUUUGUACACCAGGGAUUUGGCAAAACUUUGAUUGAGAAAGUUGACUCGGCUGCCUCCUACUUAAAGCUAUUACAGUUUUUUUAAACAGUUUUAUUUUUAGAAAUGUUCAUUUAUCUUUUAUUUAAAUAUUUGCCUGUUUCAAAAAUCAAAAGCUGUUAACAAGGUUGUUGGCAUGUACGGUAUCUGUUGACAAGAGUUUUAUUUAUCUCCCUUAAAAUUAAAAAAGCAAAUGUGUUUGUCCCAGUCUUACCAGUCCUGAAUUACAAUAGUAAAGUAAAGAUAAAUACAAGUGCUACAUUACAAUAGUAAAGUAAUGAUAAAUAUAAAUUGGGUGACAAAUUUGAUGUCUAUCAUAAACAUUCCAUAUUUGUUUUAUUAUUAGAGUAUGCUGAUUACUAAAGAUUAAACAUUGAUGCUGUACUAUCUCUAUCUCAGCAUGCUGUCACAAUGCAAAUGAUGAAAUAAUUUAACAACAUUUGUUGCAUUUAGCUUGUCAACAGUGAUGGGUGGUAGGGAUGUUGGGCGAGCCUGGUAUAAAUGUUGGCUUUCUGACUGAUGACCUUGCUUAGCUGGUUGAGUGAAUCUUACUUGAUAGAUUGGCAAAGAGUGGAAACUUCAAUCAUUUUUUUAUAUCACCUGUGUCAGGCAGGACAUUUUGAAAUCAGCUAUGUGAAGCACUGUCAGUACAGGUUGAUAUGCCAAAUGUCAGUGCAGGUUGAUUUCACCAAAUUCCUUAUUUCGCACCUUACUUAUUCUCAUGGUAUUAGUCCAGGUCCAAAUCCUCUUUGUUUUAAAUGUUUGAAAGCUGACAUUAUUUCCAACACUAUUGAGUCUAUAAGUCCAAACUGACAGGAAAUUGUUUCUAGGUAUGGCCUGGAAUAUAAAUAAUUCAGUUUCAUGAUUCAUUCUACUUUUUUAAUUCAGUAUUUCUUGUAGUAUUAUUUAUUUUAUUUUUUCUAAGCAUCUAAAUAAUCUCAAAUAUAUGUUACCAUGCACUUUGUUAUUUUUUACAACUAUUUACCAGUAACCUCCCUUUUUGUGUGUGGUCAUUUUUAGUUAAUUAUCAUUUUCUUUAAAAACAACGCCAUUGCCAUGUUCGAAAAUUAAUUGUAGAAAUUGUGUGUGUGUGGCAAUGGCAAAAAAGUUUAAUAGCUUUUGUAGAUUCUUAACCUGCCAUGUCUUAUUUCAUGAUGUAUGUGUUUUGUUAUCAAGAAGUCAUCUACUGCACAUUUCUCUUCAUUCCUGUACAAAACUCCGUCCAUUCAUUGAGUUGACUGCAAUUGGUUUCAUGUCCAGCUCAUUUUUUGGGGUUGUUUAGUUGUUGUUGCAUUCUUGCACAAACCAGCACCAACCAACGGCCAGAUUGCGCAAUCUGUAACCGUCAUUAAAUUAUAUGUUUUUUUCAUUGUCCGUCAGGGACACUUACCCGAAACAGUUUUCAUCUCCAGUAACAAGGAUGAAAAUAAAACUCUUUUGAGACAUAAAUGUAUUAUUUCAUGACAAGGUCUUGUGGUUUAUAUUUUCUUCAUGAUGUUUUACUAAUCCAUUUAGUAUAUUUUGUUGGUAUAUUUUGUUAGUAUAUUUUUUAGAAUAUUUAAAAAUUCUUUUUUUUGGGGG